AGGAAAUGUCUGUACGGAUUCAGUCGCCUUGAAGUGUGCCUAAUUUUUGCAUCCUUAACAUUAUUAUGCUUUCUUAUUGGUGUAUGCGUGCUGUGGCUUCUCAUCUUAGAUGGAUAUCGGCAAAUUAUCGAUGGUAGUUUAUUUUCAUCACGUUUUUCAUCUCUUCGAACUAUUGAGAAACCAUUCGCAUUUGAUAAAAUGGCUAUUCAUCAUAGUGGAAUUGUUUGCACGACGCGAGAAUGUGCGCUUAUUGCGGGUUUUUUGGCUGAAAAUCUUAAUGAUAAAGUAAAUCCGUGUGAUGAUUUUUAUGAGUAUGCAUGUGGUAAUUAUCCAUUAAAUCGACAUUUGCCAUCAAAUAAAGCAUCCCGACAUACUUUGAGCGAUAUGCAAACUCGAUUGUACAAGCAGAUCAAGCAAAUUCUUGAAGUGAGUUUGAAUGACGAAGAACCAUGGGACCGUUUAGCGAAACAAUACUAUGAAAAAUGCAUGGAAGAAGACAUACCGAAAUGGAAAGGGAUUCAAGCCCUUCGAGGACUGCUUAAAUUGACGGGUGGUUGGCCUGUUCUGGAAGGAAGAAAUUGGAAAAGUUGGCCUCAUAAUUGGACAAAACAAUUGGCUAUAAUGUUUAAUAAAACUGGUAUGAAUGCUGUCAUAAUGGAAUUGGCAGUCACGCAAGAUCCUAAAAACAGUUCACGUAAUGUAAUCGAGCUGGAUCAGCCUAAGUGGGGCAUAGGAUCCAGGUGGCCUUAUUUGACGGGCUUCCAUGAUCAGACUAUACAAAAUUAUUUGUCGUUAAUGAUUGAUACUGCGACAAAUUUAGGUGCGGACAGGAAGAUUGCUGAGAAUGAUAUGAAAGAAGCGAUUGAGUUCGAAUUGAGACUAGUGGAUUUCUCUUCAGAUGAAAUGAUUCGUCGUGACCCUGAACGAAGCAAUAAUCCUUAUCAACUUUGGCAACUUAGCAAUGCCUUUCCUUUUAUUGAUCUAGAAGGAUAUAUAAGAGAAAUAUUUGAUGGAAUUGUUGAAAUUUCUCCAAAUGAUACUGUAAUUAUAAGAGAAAUCGAAUAUUUUCGAAGUAUUCAGCGUGUAAUGCAAUCAACAAAUAAGCGGGUCAUAGCUAAUUAUUUACAAUGGCGUACAGUUCAAGGUUAUUCAUCAUUUCUACCUGAGCAAAUACGAGAACCUUUCUAUGCAUUCAAAGCAAAUUUAACCGGAAUGCCAAGUUCUCCAGCUCUUGAAAGGUGGGAAGACUGCAUUUUUCUUUCACUGAUGAUUAUGGACAUACCCGUCGGCAAAUUAUAUAUAGAAAAUUUUUUUAAUGAAAAACAAGCCAUGAAUAAAAUGUUCGAAUUGACUACCUAUUUCAAAAAUGAACUUGUAACACAGUUAAAUAAUGUCGAUUGGAUGGAUGAAAUUACGAGGCGGAAGGCAAUUAUUAAAGCCAAACACGUCCAAUAUAAAAGUGGAUUUCCACCGUAUAUUUUCAAUAAAACUUGGAUGAAUUCCAUUUGGGGACAUAUUGAAGUACAUUCAGCUGAAUCACUUAUACAGUUAACAAUAAAAAUAAAACUCGCACGAAUAGCUGAAGAACUUUCGAGAUUCAAAAAACCGGUCGAUCGAUCUAUAUGGUUCCAGAGCCCAGCUCAAGUUGAUGCAUAUUAUGCUCCAAAUUUAAAUGAAAUGAUAUUUCCCGCUGGCAUAAUGCAGUUUCCUUUCAUGACAAUUGGUGUACCAAACUAUAUAACUUAUGCUAUGGUUGGUGCAGUCGUUGGACACGAAGUUUCACAUGCAUUCGAUGAUCAAGGUGGCCGCUACGAUGAAUUAGGCAAUCUCCAUGAUUGGUGGGAAACAGCUACUGCCAAAAAAUUUCAUGAGAAAGCAGAAUGCUUUAUAAGACAAUAUGAUUCCAUUAAGGUCGAAGAAGUGGGCAUACAUCUUAAUGGCCGUUUAUCAGUCGGUGAAAACAUUGCUGAUAACGCUGGAGUUAAAACGGCAUUGAUGGCUUAUAAAUCAUGGUUAAAGGAUAAUUCGGCGAGUGAAGCCUCUCUUCCUGGUUUCCAAAAUUUUUCGAGUGAACAAAUGUUUUUCUUGGCAUAUGCAAACAAUUGGUGCUCGCUCAUUCGUCCAAAACAUUACGUUCAACUUAUAUUGGCUGAUGUUCAUGCACCAAACAAAUAUAGAGCCAUUAUACCCCUUCGUAAUAGCCAUGAAUUUGCUAGUGCUUAUCAUUGCCAUCUGGGAUCACCAAUGAAUCCUAGGAAAAAAUGUUCCAUCUGGUAA